GUGGUGGUUGAUAUGAGAUUCAACUGAUUAAUUAUAUUGUGCAAACAGUUUUUGGAGCAAUGAAUUGUCAUUAUAUCUAGUUAGUUUUAUUUAUAAUUAUCAAUAAUUUUUGUAAAAUUAUAAUCUACAUAAAAUGGAAAAAUUAGUUAAAAGUAGAAAACCUACUGAAGAAGAAUUAAUUCAUAGCACGUUUAAUGCAUUACGCACUGAGCAGAGACAACUUGCAACAAAACUAUCAGAAAUUGAACUUGAUUUGAAUGAACAUAAUAUUGUUAUAGAAACCCUAAAUAAAUUGGAUGGUGAAAGAAAGUGCUUUAGAUUGAUUGGUGGUGUUUUAGUAGAAAGAAAAAUAUGUGAUGUUUUACCAACACUUAUAAAAAAUCGAGGAGAGAUGAGUAAAAUCGUUAAAACAUUAAAUGAACAACUUACUAAAAAAGGAAUUGAAAUUAAUGAAUUUAAAAAUAAUCAUAAUAUUCAAGUUAAAGGCGGUUUCUCUGAGCCUACAGAAUUGAACGAAAAACAUUCGGAAGAAAAAAAAACUGAUCAAGGGAGUUCAGUAAUAGUUAAUAAUGUAUAAACUUUGUUAAUUAUUUUGUCUUUUUUGUGUAUUUAU